AUGUCUUCUCCCAACAACAACAAUGAUUUCAAGCUCUCUGAGCUCUUCAAUGUCAAGGACAAGGUCGUCGUCGUCUCUGGCGGUGGCUCGGGCAUUGGUCUCAUGGCUACCCAGGCAUUCGCUGUGAACGGCGCCAAGGUCUACAUCAUUGGCCGUACAAAGGAAAAGCUCGACAAGGUCGCCGAGAUCUACGGCAAGGACAUUCCCGGACAAAUCAUUCCCCUUCAAGGUGACAUUUCCAAGAAAGAUUCGAUUGCCGCCAUGGUCAAGGAGAUCGAAUCAAAGGAGAAAUGCGUCUGCAUUCUCGUCAACAAUGCUGGUAUCUCGUCCAACACCCUCCAGACUGAAGCAAAGACUGCUGAGGAGAUGAAGUCCAACCUAUUCGACAACAACGACUCGAACAUUGAAGACUGGGUCGAUACCUACAGAACUAACGUCCCACAAUGCUUUUUCAUGACCAUGGGUUUCCUCCCUCUUCUCCAGAAGUCUACUGAGCUCCAGCAUGGUUACUCCGGUUGUGUUAUCAACGUGUGCAGUAUCAGCGGAAUCGUAAAGACCGCACAACAUCACUUUGCCUACAAUGCCUCUAAGGCUGCUGUCAUUCAUCUUACCAAGAUGCUCGGUUUCGAGAUUGGCAACAAUGGUCUGAAGGUCAGAGUCAACUCGAUUGCCCCUGGUGUGUUCCCCUCGGAAAUGACACAGGGUGAGAGCGGUGAGAACCAGAAAUCGGAGCUCCCCAAGGAGGACUUCGAGGGCAAGGUCUUUGCCCAGCGACCUGGAAAUGAUCGUGACAUGGCCAACAUGAUGAUCACCGUGGCUACUAACCAAUACCUGAACGGACAAGCAAUUGCGGUUGACGGAGGUUACAUCUUGCAGCACGGCUCUGCAUAG